UUAUGGCAUGCUACCGAAGCAAGUACCGUUCAGAAUUAAAUUCUGUAACCAAACUCUAAUUACGGGAACUUCAUCUCCUAAGCUUGCCAUUUAUGUUGACUGAGCCAACUCAGUGGCCACAUCAGAAGAGAUCAGCUCAUAUUUCUUCCAGAUUUGUGUUCAUAUCUGAAAGACUUGUUAAAUAGGUACGAGUUGUUUAAAUAGUUUGAAAUUUUCAGAUCAAUUCUAGUUUACUUGUUGUGAUCUGUGCUUUAUUUUUACGACUUUGGAAGAAAGACUGAAAAUGGUGGAGAGAGUUGUCUCUGCUGUUGAGAAAGUUUCGGAUUGCUUGUCAAAUCCGUUUAGUUACCUUCUAAAUUACAAGAGCAAUUUUGAGAAUCUCAAGAAUGAAAUUGACAACCUGGUAAAUGCUAGAGAGUAUAUGCAGCAUAGGGUUGAUGAUGCUAAAAGAGAGGGGGAAGUGAUUGAAAAGGUUGUUGAGAAAUGGCUGAGAAGUGUGGAUGAGGUCAUAGACGAGGCUGGUAAGAUUGUUAGGGAUGGUGAGAACUUGAAGGACCAGAAUUUCAAGGGGUUGUGUUCUGAUGUGGUGACCCGCUGUAAGCUCAGCAAGAAAGCGGCGAGGAAGCUAAAGGCUGCUGUUGUACUCCAGGAAGUAGGAAAAUUUAAAAAGGUUUCGUUCAGAACCAUUCCACAGGAGAUGUGGAUAACAUCUACGAGAGAUUAUGAGGCCUUCGAAUCGAGAAUGUCUAGCUUGAAUGAUAUAUUGAAAGCACUAACUGAUCCCAGUGUCCAUAUGAUUGGUGUAUAUGGAAUGGCUGGUGUAGGCAAGACCAUAGUGGUGAAGGAAGUUGCUAAGCAAGCCAAGAAAGGAAAGCUGUUUGAUGAGGUGGUUUUAGCAGACGUAUCUGAGACUCCAGACAUAAAGAAGAUUCAAGAAGAAAUAGCAGAUAAGCUCUGUUUCCGGUUUUCUGCAAAGAGUGAGUGUGGAAGAGCAAGGAUGUUGUGUGAACGAUUGAGGGAAGAGAAGAAGAUACUUGUGAUAUUAGAUAAUAUUUGGGCAAGUCUUGAUAUGGAGAAGGUAGGAAUUCCUUUUGGAGAUGAUCAAGGGGGAUGUAAAGUAUUGUUGACAUCAAGAAAUUAUGAUGUAUUAUCAAGUAAGAUGGGCUCUCAAAAUAAUUACUUGAUUGACAUUUUAAAUGAAGAAGAAGCUUGGAGGCUAUUUAAAAAGAUGGGAGGUGAUUGUGUUGAAAACCGUGAGUUGCAAUCUUUAGCAACGGAUGUGGUCAAGGCAUGCCGAGGUUUGCCUAUUGCCAUUGUUACAAUUGCAAAGGCAUUGAGAGACAAGAGUGUAUUUGCAUGGGAGAAUGCCUUGCAACGUUUGAGAAGUCCUUCCUCGAGCAAUUUCACAGGAAUGCAGGCAGUGUUUCAUUCAAGUAUAGAGUUGAGCUACAAUCAUCUAGAAGGUGAGGAACUUAAGUCAACUUUUUUGCUGUGCAGUCUAAUGAAAGAUUCUUAUGAUAUUCCUAUUAUGGACUUGUUGAAAUAUGGAAUGGGUUUGGGUUUAUUUAAAGGCAUCAAUACAGUGGAAGAAACACGAGUGAGAGUAUAUACACUGGUCCAUGAACUCAAAAGUUGUUGUUUGUUGCUUAAUGGUCAUACCAGUGAAUAUUUUUCUAUGCAUGAUAUUGUUCGUCAUGUUGCCAUAUCAAUCGCAUCAAGAGAUCAAAAUGUAUUUGCAUUAAGAAAUGAGGUUAUUCCGAGGGAUUGGCCCGAUGGGGAUGCACUAAAAACUUGCACUGCAAUCUCUAUACAUGAGAGUAAUAUUACUGGGAUCCCUAAAAGAUUGGAUUAUCCACUACUUAAAUUUUUCUAUAUGAAUGUCAGGGAUCCUUUUUUCAAAACCCCUAACAAUUUUUACAUAAAGAUGCCAGAGCUAAGAGUUCUAAAUUUGACUAGAAUGCACUUAUUGUCAGUGCAGUGGCCAUUUUUUCUCCUAGUAAACCUUCGAACAUUAUAUUUGGAUCAUUGCAUAUUGGGAAAAAUAGCCGUUAUUGGAGAACUGAAGAAACUAGAAAUCCUUAGCUUUGUCUAUUCUGAUAUUGAGCAGUUGCCUGGAGAAAUAGGUCAAUUGACUAGGCUCAAGUUGUUAGAUUUGAGCAAUUGUUCAAAAUUAAAAGUUAUUUCACCCAAUGUGAUAGCUAGCUUAUCCCAGUUAGAAGAACUGUAUAUAGGUAAUAGCUUUGUUGACUGGGAGUUUGAAAGGCGCACAUUUGAAAGAAGUAAUGCUAGCCUCCAUGAGUUGAAGCAUUUGUCUCACCUAACCACUUUGGAAAUACAUAUAGAAGAUGCCAAGAUCCUUCCAAAGGGCUUGUUCUUUGAAAAGCUAACUAGGUACAAAAUAUUCAUUGGAGAUGAAUGGGACUGGUCUGGUAAGUAUGAAUUUUCAAGAACUUUGAAACUCAAGCUCAAUAACAACAUUUGCCUAGAAAGUGAGAUAAUCAUGCUGUUGAAGAGAGUUGAAGGCUUAUACUUGGAUGAAGUUCAGGGUGUCAAGAAUGUUCUUUAUGAACUACAUGAGGAAGGUUUUCCCCAAUUGAGGCAUCUCAAGGUCCAAAACAAUCCUCACUUGCUGUGUCUUGUUGAUUCAACGAAUUGGGUACCUCGUGAUGCCUUCCCAGUAUUGGAGUCACUGUUCCUGCAUAAUUUGAUUAACUUGGUAAAGAUAUGUCAUGGUCAACUUGCAGCAGCAUCUUUCUGUCAAUUAAGGAUCAUAAAAGUGAGAAAUUGUGAUGAAUUAAAAAAUAUCUUCUCAAUCUCCAUUGUGAGAUACCUUCAACAACUUCAAAAAGUCGACGUGAUCAAAUGCAAGAAUAUUGAAGAAAUUUUCACAGUUGGAAGAGAUGAUGAUGUCAACCACAGUGAAGUGAUUGAUAAGAUUGAGUUUGGACAUCUACGCUCCUUGACUCUAAAAUUUCUUCCACAGCUUACAAGCUUCUACUCAAAAGUGAAGACAGCCAACACAGGGUCCAAUGAAAUCACUCUGGAGGAUGAGGUUUCCAUACAAAUUUUUAACGAUAAGGUUGUGAUGCCUAACUUGGAGGUUUUGGAACUUCAUGCUAUUAAUUGUGAAAGGAUUUGGCACAACCGACUUGUAGAUCUGCCUUGUGUUCAAAAUUUGAUGCGCUUGAUUGUCUGGGGCUGUGAUAAAUUAAAAUAUCUAUUUCCAUUUUCUAUAGCUAACAAUUUUGUCCAGCUUCAACACCUUGAGAUAUGUCACUGCCCGGUCUUGGAGGACAUUAUUGCUGAGGAUGGCGGAGGAAAAGCAGCUGUUAGGCUACUCUUUCCACGGGUAACCUUUCUGAAGCUCCAGAACCUAUCAGAACUUAAAACUUUUUAUCCUGGAAUACAUACUUCAGAAUGGCCCUUGUUAAAGAGAUUGGAGGUAAGCGGUUGUGACAAAGUAACUAUAUUCACUUCAGAAUUGUUUGGCUUAAAGGAAAUUAAUGAGGAGCACCUCAAUAUCCAAGCGGAACAUGCCCUCUUCUUGGUUGCAAAGGUUGUCUCCAGCUUGGAGGCAUUGAAAUUAAGUGGAAAAGACAUGAACAAGAUAUGGCAUGUCCCAUUUCCAGAAUACCUUUUUGACAAACUUAAAAUUCUUGAGGUAAUGAAUGAUAACUCAGCAACUUUUCCACUUGAAUUCCUUCCAAGGUUUCACAAUCUGGAAAAAGUUGAAUUCAGAUGGUGUUCAUACAAAGAGAUAUUCUCAAGUGGAAAGGUCAAAGAACAUGCCAGAAUGCUAUCACAAAUUAAAAGUUUAAAGCUGUGGGAACUUCCUAAUCUGAAGUACAUGUGGCAAGAUGACUGCAAAUUAGAGUGGGCUCUUCAAAAUCUUGAAAUUCUAGAAGUAUGGUGGUGUGACAAUUUGAUUAACCUAGUGCCAUCCUCAGCAUCUUUCCAAAAUCUGACAACUUUGGAAAUUUGGAAUUGCAAAGGAUUGGAAAACUUGCUUGCACCAUCCAUGGCAAAAACUUUAGUGAGACUCGUAAAAAUGAGUAUUGAUGGAUGUGAACAGAUGACAAAAGUAAUAGCAUGUGAGGAAGAUGUAGCGGAAGAUGAGAUUAUUUUUGGCAAAUUAAAGUGCUUGUCCCUUGAACGUUUAGAGAGUCUCACAAGUUUUUGCUCUGGCAAUUACGUCUUCAACUUUCCAUCUUUGGAAGGUUUAGUUGUGAUAGAAUGUCCCAAGAUGAUGAUUUUCUCUCAAGGUGCCUUAAGUGCACCAAAGUUACAAGUAGUACGACAAAAUUGGGGACCUGAUAAAGGGUGUUGGGAGAGUGACCUUAAUACAACUAUACAACAGUUACAUAAAAAAGAGAUCUGUGAUGAAUCUGUUUCAAAAACCUGCCAAGAAAGAACAGAGGAGAGAAAGCAAAGCUUAAAAGGAGUAGCCUUAGACCCUUACACCAAGCUCAGCACCUCAGUUCCUUCUCAAGAUGAGGUCUCGUCCAGGUUCCCAGCCAUAAGUAGUCGGUUUACUGAUGGAGGUCUGCUUGUUAACAGAGAUGGUUAUCGAAUUGUCUAUCAAAAGGAAAGUGGAGCUCCGCUACCUAUUAAACCAUUUGACAACCAGUUGAAAUUGGAGGAUAUCGAACGAAUUAGACUUGUUGGAGAGGGAAACGGCAGCAUGGUGCACUUGGCGCAGCACAAAUACACUGGCCAGUUUUUGGCUGUAAAGGUUGUUAAAGUGACACUUGAGGCGUCUUCACGGAAACAGCUUGCACAGAUGUUGAAAAUGAUUCAAUCAUUACACUGUCCAUAUGUUGUGGUCUUUUAUCAACUUUUUUACAAUGAAGGUGCCAUUUCAAUCAUUUUGGAGUAUAUGGAUGGUGGAUCUCUUGCGAAUUUUCUGAAAAAGGUUAAAUCAAUUCCAGAAGUGUAUUUAGCUGCCAUCUUUAAGCAGGUGCUUAAGGGUUUAUUGUUUCUCCAUCAUGAAAAGCACAUCAUCCAUAGGGACUUAAAGCCUUCUAAUUUAUUGAUAAAUCAUAGAGGGGAAGUCAAGAUUUCUGAUUUUAGUUUGAGUGCCACAGUGGCUUCCACAGCAGGACAGGCGAAUACUUUUGUUGGCACAUACAACUAUAUGUCUCCUGAAAGGAUUUCAGGAGGCAAUUAUGGGCAUAAAAUUGACAUUUGGAGCUUGGGAAUUGUAAUGCUCGAAUGUGCAAUUGGUCAAUUCCCAUAUUCCCCACCAGAGCAAGAGGAUGGGUGGUCAAGUUUUUAUGAGCUUAUGGAAGCCAUUGUUGACCAACCACCUCCUUGUGCACCGCGGGAUAAAUUUUCUUCAGAGUUUUGCUCAUUUAUUUCUGCUUGCUUGCAAAAAGAACCUGGUGACCGACAGUCAGCACAGAAACUUUUGGCACAUCCCUUUAUGAACAUGUAUGACGAUUCGGAUGUAGAUCUGUCCACUUACUUCACCAAUCUAGGAUCUCCACUUGCAACCUUUUGAAACUUACCUGUAAUUCAUUUUGGAGUUCACAUUUGUGAACAACUAGCUUGAGACUAAAAUCCAGAAAUCUGGUGAAAGACUCCUUGUUGUUGCGGCUGAAGUAAAAUAAUCCUCUGAGCAGGACCGGCAGAAGCCGGUAAUGCAUCAAAGGUUUCCAAAGAAGCCUUGGAGUGUGAAGGUUCAGCUAAUUAUGCUAAUCACGCUUUAUAAUUGCAAGGUGAAGGUAUGUUUUAGUGUGUGUCAAUCUGUGUAAUCAACUAAUUGCAUGGUCUCAGAAAUGGGAAUUUAGCAAGUUAGACGAUUGAACUUGAAAAAAUUUGUUUAAUUUCCCCGAAAGAUUUUAGACUUUGUAGAUGCUGGAGGUAGUGUUUCAAUUUCAAAGACGGCUUAUUAUGUUUAAUAAAGAAGUUAGAUGGUGUGAGGUUGUUCUUAUGCUUUUGAUCAU